CCUUCUUCUCAUUGUCCAAGAGAGAGAGUGAAGAGUUACUUUCGGUUCUGUGUGGACACUUCCGUGAGAUUCGAACCCUCGGUCUCUGUUCUGCAAGUCAAAACAAAACAAAGACAAGCACAGAGAGAGAGAGAGAGAGAACCAGAAUAGCAAGAAAACCCAGCACCAGAAAACAUUUCUAGACAGAAAAGAGUUUAUCUUCGUCCAUUUGAGCCCAAAUCAGUAAUGGGUUUCCCAGCAUUUCUCUUCUCUCUCCUCCUUUUCAUCACACUCACUCACGCUCCACCUGUUUGUGGAAUUGCCGAACUCAGAGCACUCAUGGACAUCAAGGCUAGUCUUGACCCAGAGAACAGGUUUUUGACCUCAUGGACUGUUUUGGGUGAUCCUUGUGGUGGUUCGUUUGAGGGCGUGGCGUGUAAUGAGAAGGGUCAGGUGGCUAACAUUUCGUUGCAGGGCAAAGGGCUCGCCGGAAAGUUGUCUCCGGCGAUUGGUGGGCUCAAGCACUUGACGGGUCUUUACUUGCAUUAUAACUCUUUAUGUGGAGAAAUACCCAGACAGAUUUCGAAUCUGACUCAGCUGAGUGAUAUUUACCUCAAUGUCAACAAUCUAUCUGGCAACAUUCCUCCUGAACUUGGGAACAUGGCUAGUUUACAAGUUUUGCAGCUUUGUUAUAACCAGUUCACUGGAAGCAUACCAACACAACUGGGGUCUCUGAAAAAGCUUAGUGUUCUUGCUCUUCAAUCAAAUCAAUUGAGUGGUGCUAUCCCCGCAAGCUUAGGGAAUUUGGGAAUGUUAGUGAGGCUAGACUUGAGUUUUAAUCGCCUCUUUGGUUCGAUUCCCACAAAACUAGCCGAUGCUCCUCUGCUGGAAAAUCUAAAUGUCCGAAAUAAUACUCUUUCCGGCAAUGUACCUCCCACUCUGAAGAGAUUAGUUGAAGGGUUUCAAUACAAAAACAACCCUGGAUUAUGUGGAGUUGGAUUUUCAGCUUUGAGAACUUGCACUACUUCAGAUCAAAUAGAUCCAAACAGGCCUGAACCUUAUGCGAGUGGUACAACUGGUCUCUCAACAAGAGACAUCCCUGAGACAGCAAACUUGAAGUUGAAUUGCGGCCAAACUCGAUGCUCGAAUUCCUCUAAAACCCCACGAGCUUCUAUUGCUAUUGGAGUAAUUAUUGUUACUAUUGGAUUGUCAGCUCUAGGAAUUCUGACCUUUUUGCAAUUUCGUCGGCGAAAACAGAGACUUGGGAGUGCAUUUGAUAUAUCUGAUAUCCGCGUAAGUACUGACCAGGCCGUGGAGAUUUACAAGAAGAACGGCUCUCCCCUUAUCAGCCUUGAGUACUCCAAUGGGUGGGACCCAUUGGCAGAUGGUCGCAGUUUCGGUUGUUUCACCCAAGAGGUUUUGCAAAGCUUUAGGUUCAAUUUGGAAGAGGUAGAGUCCGCUACUCGAUGCUUUGCUGAAAAAAAUUUCUUGGGUAAGAGCAACUUCUCGGCAACGUAUAGUGGAAUUUUGAGAGAUGGAUCGCUUGUUGCUAUUAAGAGGAUCACGAAAACUAGCUGCAAGUCCGAGGAAGCUGAGUUCUUGAAGGGGCUGAACAUUUUGACUACGUUGAGACAUGAAAAUUUGGUUAGGUUGAGAGGGUUUUGCUGUUCGAAAGGCCGCGGUGAAUGUUUUCUCAUUUACGAUUUUAUUCCAAAUGGGAAUUUGCUGCACUAUCUUGACCUGAAGGAGGGGGAUAAUCCGGUGCUUGAGUGGCCCACCAGAGUUUCUAUCAUCAGUGGCAUUGCCAAAGGCAUAGAGUAUUUACAUGGGUGCACUGUGAACAAACCUGCUUUAGUUCACCAAAACAUAUCAGCAGAGAAGGUGCUCAUCGACCAGCGAUUCAAACCUUUGCUCUCUAAUUCAGGCCUACACAAACUUCUGACCAAUGACACAGUCUUCUCAGCACUCAAGGCAUGUGCUGCCAUGGGAUAUCUAGCUCCCGAGUACACCAACACAGGCCGGUUCACAGAGAAAAGCGACAUUUAUGCUUUUGGUGUACUUGUCUUACAGAUCCUAUCAGGGAAGAGGAAACUUGUGAGCUCCAUACGAGUUGCUGCUGAGUUAUGCAGAUUUGCUGAUUUCAUUGAUCCAAAUCUUCAUGGCCGGUUCUCUGAAUACGAAGCUGCAAAGCUUGCGAAAGUUGCUUUGAUGUGCACCAAUGAAUCUCCAGAUCAGAGGCCGUGCAUGGAUGCAAUCGUAGCAAUCAUUCUAGAACUAGGUAACUGCACUAACUGUUUCUGAUUUUUGUGACCGACUUGAUUUGAUUAUUCAGCGAUUGCCUGAGAACUGGGUAACUGCACUAACUGUGUCUUCAUCACUUGUUCGCGAUAUUGUUGUUAUUUGCUGUGUCCUUCAGCUGAGGACUGAGCUCUGUUGUGAAAUGUCUUUAUGGUCUAGUUUGUUGUAGCUUAGGUAUGGAAGUUUAUGGUGGAUUUUCACAUGUAAACACUUGUAUUAAUCAAAUAUUUGCUUUUUUAAAGUGGUGGUUUUUCCUAAAUUAGUGAAACUGUUAUAUAAUAGAUCUUUUUGAAUC